AAAGCCACAGCUAUCUCCCCGUAUCUCCCCGUUAAAAAAAAUCAAUUGUGCACGAAAAAAAGGGGAAUACGCGUAAAAUACAAACACUGGUGACGGUUUGGUUUCGGUGCACGACGGACGGCGACGAGGCGUCCCCGCGUCGUGCGGCGAGAGAAACGGCGGCGACAGGCAGGAGCAGCGGAGAGGGUGUUGUCCUGAUGCUUAAAUGGAAGUGGGUGGGCCUCUACGGUCACACACCGCCAACUUCUCUGUGGAUAUCAUUCUGACAAGCGCCAAUUUGCUCGUUUAUGGUCUGUCUAUCCGGUAAAAGAGGCAUACGACGGGGCUGCGAGGGGGCCGACGGGCCGGGGACGGUCACUGUGUUCUCCGUUAUUUCCGUUAUUUGAGGCUGCUUGAUUGUGCCUGCGCUUGGCACCGCCCUUCCUGGCCGGUGGGUGGUUUCGUCAAACGGGCAGAUCCGCCACGGCCCAGCGCCGAACAUAUAGGCCGUCCUCCGCCUCUGUACCCGGCCGGCCUUCUACCGUGAACUACACCCUCUCCCUCUCGGUAUAUUAAUGCGUUAUGAGUGACUCGAAGAAGGAAUCAUCUGGAACUGAAGGAGGGAAAGCAUCUAAAAAGGGGAAAAGUUCUGGAUCACAGGAUUCCUCUCAGCCCUCUCCCUUGGCUCUGCUAGCAGCCACCUGCAGUAAGAUCGGAGGGCAGGGGGGAGUGGAGGGGGCCCAGGCCCAGGCAGGGGCCCAGCAGAUCCAGGUCCAGGCCGGUCAGAUCCAGCUGCAGGCAGGUCAGCUCCAGGGUCAGAUAGUGGUGGACACAGCUGGGGGUCAGGCCCUGGUGCCCCAACAGUUGGAACUGGUCCCAGCUCAGUUCACAGGGAACGGCUGGCAGAUCAUUACAGCGGCACCUACUAUGGCCAAGGAGAACACCAAUCAGCCUGUAGCAGUGACCGUGGCCACCACCUUGGCUAAUGACAGCUCACCUGGUGGACGCAAGGUGAAGGAGGUGAAGGCAGUAGGUGGGACCAACAGUGUUGCAGCCAAUCAGCAGCAGCAACAGCAGCAGUUCCAGAUCAUCCAGGUUCAGAACCUGCCCAAUGCCGGGGGCGGGGUCCAGUAUCAGGUCAUCCCUCACCUCCAGACUGCAGAUGGACAGCAGAUCCAUAUCAGCCCAGCUCAGACGGCCUCCAUCGGAGCUCUGCCUGAGCAGGUUCAGCUCAUCCAGACCCCGAGCCCAAGUCAGACCCAGGCCAUCCUUCAGCCAGCCAACCAGCAGGCCAUCCUGACAAGUACAGCUAAUCAAACGGUCCCGCUGCAGAUCCGCCCUGCGCAGUCUUUCCCGCUGCAGCUGCAGACUCUGCAGGGCUCCCAGACUCCUGUUAUGACCACAGUACCCAUAAACCUCGGUGGCAUGACCCUGGCUCUGCCUGUGAUCAAUAAUGUUGGAGGGGGCGGGGCUGUCCAGCUUAUCCAAUCAGCAGAUGGCACAUUCUCUGUUGCCAAUGGCAACCAGCUGGUGACAACAGCAGUGUCUGGGGCGGCUCCUCCUACAGCAUCAAGUGGCUCGACAACAGCAGUAGCCGAAGGUGACAGUCUGUCUGAUGGAGCACAAGUGGUUUCUACUGGAUCAGAGGGUGGACCAGCUGACACCCAAGUGCAGAGCAGUGAGGCGGAUUCUCAAAGCCAGACCCAGGCCAACGGACUGCAGAGCCAGACAGAUACAACAGGAACCAUACAGCAGGUGAUCGUGGGCCAGGUGGGCCACCAGUUGGUGCAGCAGAUCCAGCUGCAGCCCCAGGCUCAGAGUCAGGGUCAGCCCCAGGGCCAGCAGCAACCUCAGCACAUUCAGACCCUCCAGUUGGCCCCUGGACAAACCCUCCAGCCCAUCCAGGCCUUCCAGAACCCAGCCCAGGUCCUUAUUCGUACCCCGACUCUGUCCCCCUCUGGGCAGAUCACCUGGCAGACGCUGCAGCUGCCUGGCGGUGUCUCCCUGCAGGGCGGCCUGGGGACAGCUGUGCCACAGCAGCUAACACUGGCCCCGGUGGCUGGUGGGACGACAGUGGGGAGUGGAGGGCUGGUCUCCCUGAGUGGAGCUCCCCUGACGCUGAGCGCAGCCCAGAUCAACCCGGGGUCUGGGGUACAGACGGUCAGCAUCGCAGGGCUGGGCACUGCUGGGGUUCAGGUGCAGGGUGUUCCCCUCACCAUUACUGGUCUACAGGGUCAACCACAGGGUCAGGAUGGAGUCAAAGUUCAGUCGUCUCCCUUGACAGUCGCUGUUGGCAAUGUGGCAUCAGGCUCAUCGAUGAGUCCAGACCAGCUGGGCUCCGUACAAAGUUCUUCAGACCAGGAGGGACCCCCCAGCAAGAGGCUUCGACGUGUUGCCUGCUCUUGUCCAAACUGCAGGGAUGGAGAGGGAAGGAACAGCGGGGACCCCACAAAGAAGAAGCAGCACAUCUGCCACAUGGAGGGCUGUGGGAAGGUGUACGGCAAGACGUCCCACCUUAGGGCCCACCUGCGCUGGCACACCGGCGAGAGGCCCUUCGUCUGCAACUGGAUCUUUUGUGGCAAGAGGUUCACCAGAAGCGAUGAGCUGCAGAGACACCGGAGAACACACACAGGAGAGAAGCGUUUUGAGUGUCCUGAAUGCUCCAAGCGAUUUAUGCGCAGCGACCACCUGUCCAAGCACAUCAAGACCCAUCAGAACAAGAAGGGUGGGGCCGCGGUGGCAAUCAUCACCACCGAUGACAUGGAGGAAGACGCCCCCGAAGGCCUGGGGGCCUCCCCACAGAUUGUCGCUGUGGCGACCCUCUCGCGUGACUCUGACCCUGCUACACCCACCACCUCUAAUCACCUGGAGGAAGAGGAGGAGGAAGAGGAGGAGUUUGAAUAGGCGGCUGACUGCUGUUUCUUUUUGCGGAAGGCUGACUUCCUGUUUUUUUGGGAGUCUUUGCAGGGACUGUAGGGUGGCUAAUUUUUUUUUUCUUUUUCUUUUUUACUUUUAAUCUUACAUCAUUUUAAAAAUGUUGUUCUCUCAUGAAAAGGGACUCAAAAGAGACGGGAUCAUGCGAUGAACAGAAACCGAAAAAUAUAAACUUUACAAUCCAAAAAAUAACUAACACAUAUAAUAACAAAAAUUUAGCCUAAACAUAUGAAAGAUUAGUUUGGCUUUUAUAAAAUGAGUCUAUAAUAAUUCCAUGCGCGGUGGGGAAAGGAAUGUAAGUAGUAUCUAGAUUAGCACAAGACAGGGGGACCUGCUGAAUCUAAAACCAUCCGACAUUGAGACAUUUUCCUAAUCGCAACAGAAUCUAACUCUAUGCACAAAGUUGUGUUCCUGUUUCAUACCUGUCAGACAGUGCUGAGGGUCAAUCAUGGUACAGGACUGUUGCAGAGCAGUGACAGGGCAGGGACAGUCUUGGGAUGGUGUGCGUGUGUGUGCGUGUAUGAAAGAGUGUGCAUUUGUAUUCCCAUGCUGUCAUGGAGAGGAUCUACCUAAUUUGAGAUUUAUUCAUGGUUCAGGUUUAGUCCUCGGAUCAGAUUCAGGUGUUGAUUCCUUUGAGACCAGUUAACGGAUAAACUGUUAUUGAAGAAGAGGGGAUGAUUCUAAAGAAAAAAAAAGAGUAGAAAAAAGCACAUAUAAAAAGAUUUAUGAAUAAUGCAUUCCUAUUGAGGUGCAGUGGCCAUUAGAAAAAAGGUUUCUAUAGAGAAAAACAAUCUAGCUUUCUACAACUUUGUUUGUGUAGUGAAAGCAAUACUAUAAUGACAAUCCUAGUGAAACCAUGUUUACAUUGUUAGGGGAAGUUUUGCUCUGUUAAUUAAAGAAGCCAGUUCGCUCUAAGAUUAGGGAAACCAUCUGAAAGCAGUGCUGUCAUCUGAACAAAGCCGGUUGCUUUGCAGAUACCCCAGAUACCAUCAGAUGGUACCUGGUUUUGUCGGGUGGCUGCACUGUCACUGAUGUUGCAUUUUGCUUUCUGCGCUGUGGUGACGUCCCCCUCCCCCCGCUCCACCCCUCCACCUCUAACCCUGCUCUGUGACCGAUGUACCGCAAUUGCCUUAACACAAGCUGUUGUACAGAGGGAUCUUCAGAGUGAGGUGGAUGGAGAGAGAUGGGAGCUCUCCUGCAUUAUUAGGGGGUAACGUGGAGAGCAGACCACAGCACAGACAAGUAAAGUGAAACGGUGAUAAGAGCUGUGGGGGGGAGGGGGGUGCGGGUCGGGCUAUUUAGCUAUGUGGAUAUUUGAGAUGUUUUCUGGUGGUGUUGCUCUGUGUUAGUUCAGUGCGUACAUACUUUUUAAAUUAAAAGAUACUUUUAUUUUAUAGAAUUUAUCGAUUGUUUUAAAAAAAAUUCCCCUCCCCAGUAUGUUAACACACAGGACCCCACUGUGUAUGGCUAAUUUAUUAUUUAUCCUUGAUUUGUAAUAUUUGCCUUUUGCUGGACUUGUAUUUGUGUGCGUUGAUUCUGAGGUUGUGUACAGCAUGUUUCAGUUUUUUGCCGUAGUGCUGCUUCUCUCUCUUCUUUACUCUUUGUGCUUCUGUUUUUUUUUUUUCUACGUCUGACCAUUGCUGUUCAUUUCUUUAUCUUCUCUUUGCACCAUAACAUGUUUUUGGAGAAAAAUAAAUAACAAAAGAAGAAGAAAGCAAAAAAGUUACUAUUGUUUAAAGUUCAAAAGGUUGAUACCAAACGAAUUUAGAUGUUUUUGGUAAUAUUUUGUGUGACAACCAACUUUUUUUUCUUUGAUAUUUUGUAGUGACAUCUCAUUUGUAAAUCUUUUUCUAAAGAUGUUUGUUUGUCUCCAUGACAUUUGAUAAUGGGUUUUUUGCCAGGUUAGCCUCAAAGGCUUCAGUUUAUUGAUAUUUUUAAAACUGGUUUGUACAAACGUGUUAUGUCAAUAAAAAGAAAAAAAAGGACAACUUCAAGCAGAAAAAAUGCUUUGCCUGCAUAACACUUGACAAUAAAGUGAUUAAAACUGUCUUAAA